AUGCAAAUUAAGGAGAUCUAUGUGUAUCCUGUAAAGUCGCUUCGAGGAAUUAAAGUCACAGAAGUCAAGGUUGAGAAGCAUGGGUUCCAGUACGAUCGUAUUUAUAUGUUGGCCCUGCCCACUGCCGACCCCAAGGUGGUCAAGUUUGUUACUCAACGUGAAGAACCCAAACUCGUCAAAGUGACUCAACGCCUUGAGGGCGAUUCUAUUGUUCUUUAUAACGAAGAGGCCGGCAAAGAAUUGAGGCUGCCAGCAGAUCCUACUGCGCAUGUUGAGGGCCUAAACGUUGUGAACGUUGAUGUGUGGGGAGGCCUUGUUGAGUCUUACGACAUCGGCCCUACCAUUGCUAACUUUUCUGAAUUUUGGCAUGAACUGCUUGGUCCUAAAUAUGCCAAGUUGACAAUUCUCGCUAGAAAGACUUCGAGGCCUUUGGACCCCAAUCGUUUCAAGUCUGAGGACUUGACCAAGAUGGAUUACACCCCUGAAACUACGUUCCAAGACGGUGUUCCGGCCAAUUUGAUCUGUUCAGCCUCUUUGGAAACAUUACAGCUGCGUGUGAAUGUGCAGACUGAAGGCAUUGAGUUGAGCGCGGAAAACUUCCGCCCUAAUCUGGUGGUCGAAACAGAAGAUCCCUUUGAAGAAGAUGAUUGGGACAAGAUCAAGAUUAGCGGUGAUCUGUGGAUCAUCACCGACCUUUGCAGGCGUUGCCAAAUGCCCACUGUCAACGUUGAGCGCGGCGAGUUCGAGAAAUCCAAGCAGCCGACCCGUGCUCUCAAUCAAUUCCGGAAGGUUGAUUACAAGCACCCCUCCGAUCCUUGUUUUGGCUUAGAGCUCUAUCCAUCAAAGUAUGGACAGACAGUUCGUGUGGGAGACAGCGUCAAAGUCGCCUCUAAGAUCGACCGACCUAUGCCUAGCGAUUUUUGA